CUGUCGAGGGCGCGCAACAAUCAUGCCUCAUCCGGCGCGCGCCUCGCCUGCGUCGGAGGACAGAAGAAGAAUUUCUCGUUUUGCCUUCAAUUAGCCCAGCCGCUCCUCCGGUCGUGCGCCCGCCCGCUUCGCCAGGAAAAGGCAGAGGAUGCCUGCCUCCUUCCACGCCCUGCGCCCGCUCCUGCCCGUGGCCACCACCUCCUUCUCCUUGUGUGUACCUGCUCUCGCCAACAGCUCCUUGCGGCCCCCCCAGGCUCCGCCCUGCACCGUUACAACAUGGUGGAUGAGGUAACCACCAUGAAGGAUGAUGUCAUUAGCGCCAACACGCUGGCUUGGCUGGUCUGCUCAGGCGUGUCCAUCCUGGCCAACACCUGGAGCAUUCUUAGCGUCAGUGCGAAGCAGAAAAAGUGGAAGCCGCUUGAGUUCCUCAUCUGCACCCUUGCAGGCACACACAUCCUCAACAUGGCCAUCCCCAUCACCAUGUACUGCGUCAUAACGCUGCGGCGCCAGCACUCCAACUAUGAGUGGAACGAGGGUCUGUGCAAGGUGUUUGUUUCGACCUUCUAUACUCUCACUCUGGUCACCUGCUUCUCCGUCACCUCACUCUCCUAUCACCGCAUGUGGAUGGUUCGCUGGCCUGUGAACUACAGGUUAAGUAACACCAAGAAGCAGGCAGUUCACACCGUGAUGGGCAUCUGGAUGGUGUCCUUCAUCCUCUCCACGCUCCCAGCAGUGGGCUGGCACGACACCCUCGACCGCUUCUACACCUCCGAUUGCAGAUUCAUUGUGACAGAGAUCGGCCUGGGCUUCGGCGUCUGCUUUCUGCUGCUGAUCGGUGGCAGCGUGACCAUGGGUGUGAUCUGCAUUGGCAUUGCUCUCUUCCAGACCUUUUCCAUUCAGGCAGGCCACAAAGCUGACAAGAACAAGUUCAAUGUCCCCACCAUUGUGGUGGAGGACGCUCAGGGGAAGCGCAGGUCGUCCAUCGAUGGCUCGGAGCCUCUGAAGACUUCACUGCAGAUCACCUACCUGAUCAGUGGCAUUGUCUUCAUCUACGACUUCCUGACUGGCUUUCCCAUACUGGUGGUAAGCUUUGCCAGUCUGAAGUUCGAUCGCUCCUACAACUGGAUGGUGUUGUGUGUGCUUUGGUGCUCCAUUGCUCAGUCCAUUCUGCUGCCCAUGUUCCUCUGGGCUUGUGACCGCUACCGGGCUGACAUCCGCAUGGUUUGGGAGAAGUGUGUCGCAAUUAUGUCCAAUGAUGACGUGGAUGAGGAAAACAGCCAAGAUGGAGGAAUUCAUGCCGACUUAAUAUAUGACAGACCAUAUGACUAUAGCUCGGCGCCUGAAAUCGCGACGAUAGACCGUAAUGCCAAGUAUGAGUUCUCAACCUUAGAAAGGGGGGUUCUGCAAGGGUAUCCAUUGAGGGAACAACAGGAAGAUAAAAUGCAGUAUUUGCAGGUGCCGCCUACAAGAAGAUACUCCCACGACGAAACCGACAUGUGGACCUGCGACAGGAUCCCCUCAUACCUACAUCGAUGGGGCUCCACCGAGGACAUGAUAGUGAGUGCCCACUACAGCUCCACCUUGCCGCGCCGCGAGAGGCGCAGGAGCAGCCUGGUCUCCUACCACGAGGAGAGCCACCACCACCGCAAGCGGCGGCGCUCUGAGGACAGCAUGCACUCCUUCAAGCACCUGCCCCGCGUAGUCUGCGGGGGGGAGCGCUACGAGGACGAGCUGCGGUGCUUCAGCCGCGACGAGGUCAUCAACUUCAUAGACGAGACGCCACUGCCGAGCCCCAGGAAGAGCCCGCGCCGCACCUCCACCAUCUCCCUCAUCCCCAAUGUAUAUGAGCAGCACACCGUCCUCCUUCCCCACUUCCUGCUCACAGACUUUGAGCGCGAGCCCCAGGCGCUCAGGCGACACUCGGAACACAAGCGGAGCAGCAGCAGCAGGGGCAACUCGCCCGAGGGCUCGCCCAAACCCGACAGGCCCUCCGGGAAGAAGAGCCCCGGGGCCUGCGGCUCCGCCAAAGGCUGCAGAGAGCGCCGGCGGGACGGGAGAACGCAAAGCGACGCGGGCUCCCCUGGCGGCAGCCGGCAGACUCAGGGACACUCUUCCAACAGGCCCAGGACAGGCGGAGGUGCGGCGGGUGGCGCUGGAGCCGAGUGGGGACACCACAAGCACCUGAGCAAGGCUGAGAGCAAAGGAAGCACAAACAGUUUUGUAAGCACACCCUCAGCGUCGUCCUCGGGAUACAUCACCUUCCACUCCGAUUCGGUGGGCUCCACCACCUGAGAGCAAAGCCCCCUCUGUUGAUAUCAGCACUAUUACCGAAGUUAAUAUCACGAUGAAACCUCUGGGAUAUCAGUGUUUCAAGAAAAAGGUGACAUGCUGGAACAAAGCAGCCUUUUUACACGUGUCACCGUCCUGGUAGUUUUACUACCGAAAUAAAAUCUGUUCUGCUAAAUGGCCUUAGGAUUUUGGGACAUAUUUUUCUGAAUGGGCCCUGAAUUGAAGAGUCGGCUGGAGACGUGUUAGCAGGUCCAGCUGUUCAGCUUUCACCCUACAACGUUUCCUCCGUAGAACACUUUUCUCCUUGCACAACUGACUCUUUUUAAAUCGUGUGAACAUCCCUUACUCUUGCUUUUGCUGUUUGAUAUUGUUUCUUAUGAAAGGAUUUUCAGAGAUAUUGGUCAGGAUGUCUUUUUCUUUUUCUUUGACACUUAUAAACUUGACCGGAGUUGUUGUUUUAAUUGGCCUGUAAUUAGUGUGUGUUUCUGUUGUCUGGACACAAACUUUCCUAAAAACUGCGCAUUUCCCUUUGAGGUUGUUGAAAGACAUGAUGCAUUUUACAUACUUGUUUUAUCAUGAUCAUGUCAGAUUUUUAAAAAAAUCUACAUUUAUGUUACUCGCAGCACACACAAAGCUUUUUUGAGCACCAUAUUUUGUGAAAUUAAGUGAAAUGAGUCGUAUUCCCAAAACUUUAAGGAGCCCAACAGUUUCUGUGUGAGAUAUUAAGAUUUAACGAAACCCCUAAAAGGCAAUGGAAGAUGCUAUGUACAUAGGAAGGAUGCUGGAUUUCUGUUUUAGGGUGUUUUUAGUUAAACAACACUUUUGUGUUAAGAUUUCCCUUCUUCCUGUUUGACUUCGGAGCUCACAGAUCAAAUCACCAGACCGAUAGGAAAGAAUUGUGCUUCAUCCUAUCAGACAACUUCACUUCUUAUUUGUUUUAGGAACUUAGUUAUUUUAAGAAAAAGUUAAACUUAAAUGCUGAUGUUGUACUAAAUUGAUUAAAAACAAAGCACAAAGUGUAAUCUCGUCAUCUUCUAACACACAACAGAACUAACACACUUAGUCUGAUAAGUUUUUAAACACCCCAAUCAAACCAAUCUUUAAGACCUUUAACAAGAGACCUCAAAGUGGACCCCAAAGAAGAAUGAGGCUUACGUUUGUUUCUGGAAACAUGCAUUUGGGGAGCGAGUGGGAUUUCUUUCUUAACAUCACAAACAGAAUUAGAAAAUGCACCAUCAGUGCUUAUUAAGCAACGUUUUCCCCUCUCCAAAGCGAUAGAAAACAAAUAGAAUUACUGAACAAAAGCACCUUUUUAGCUUUGACCUUAUCUGGACAGUUGCUGCUCAUGUGAAUGUAUUUGCACUAAUAAGGUGCAAGUUACAAUAGUCCGAGGAAAAAAACAAAGGAAAAAUAUCCCCCGUUACAGCCUUAUUAUGAAAAGAGUUUGCUACGGCGCUCCAAGUAAAAAAUGAAAAAAGAAAAAGAAAAAAAAGUUGCACGUUUUUGAGCAUUCCUGUUUUCACCAUCGUUGAAAAGUUCAGUCUAAUCCUCACAGUCUGUGUAGGCCUCACUCACUUUUCAGCCGCUCCACUGGGCCCGAUGUCUGAAAUGUAUCUCUGGAGGCAUUAGGUCACGCCCCCCCUGUCAGACUUUGCCGUCAUAGACCUUUUACAUUUUCUUGUGUUUGCAAUAUUCCGACAUUAUUUUGUAACAUAUUCAAAGGUGUGUGACUCCAAUACGAAUGAUGUUAAAUGUUAUGAUUUUUCUUGUCGAGCUGAUGGCUUUGUUAAAAAGAGAUGAUCGAUUAAAUUCACCAGAAGACG